UCAAAAUGGGUACAAAUGGGAUCUUUUGAUAAUGUUCUUCUGCUCCUUUCUUUCUCGGACGGACGUGAAGAAUACGAUGCUGUAGAAGAGGAGGUAGUAGAGGAAGUAGAGGUGGCCCCUGAGGCGGCCCCUGAGCCAGAGCCAGAGCCAGAGCCUGAACCAGAACCAGAACCAGUGGUAGAACCAGAGCCAGAACCAGAACCAGAGCCAGAGCAAGAGCCUGAGCCUGAAGAGGCCAUUGAAGAGGAAGAGGAGAAGCCAAAGUUCAAGCCCAGCGCUCCAAAGAUCCCCGAUGGUGAGAAAGUGGACUUUGAUGACAUCCAGAAGAAACGUCAGAACAAGGAUCUGAUUGAGCUGCAGGCCCUGAUCGAUGCUCACUUUGAGCACAGGAAGAAGGAGGAAGAGGAGCUGAUUGCGCUCAAGGAGAGGAUUGAGAAGCGUCGUGCUGAGAGGGCCGAGCAGCAGAGGGUCCGUGCUGAGAAGGAGAAGGAGCGCCAGGCCAGACGUGAGGAGGAGAGGCGGAUCAAGGAGGAGGCUGAUGCUAAGAAGAAGGCAGAUGAAGAGGCUAAGAAGAAGUCUGCUCUCUCCAACAUGGGCUCCAACUACAGCAGUCACCUGCAGAGAGCUGACCAGAAGAGAGGAGGAAAGAAAGAGACUGAGAGAGAGAAGAAGAAGAAGAUCUUGGCCGCCAGACGCAAACAGCUCAACAUUGACCAUCUGAACGAAGACAAGCUGAAGGAUAAGAUCAAUGAGCUGCAUGAAUGGAUGACCCAGCUGGAGUCUGAGAAGUUCGACCACAUGGAGAGACUGAAGAGGCAGAAGUAUGAGGUGCUCACGUACAGGAAUCGGAUUGAUGAGUUGCAGAAGCACAGCAAGAAGGGAGCUGCUGCCCGCCGCAGAAAGUAGAUGCACUCGGCCUGCCACUGCUCAGCAACCAAACUGCAAUCAUCUCGGACACGCGCCUGAUGAAGCAGCACACACCGUGGCGAAGGUUGUAGCUCAGAAGAAGCCAGUAACGCUAAGGUUUACCCUGCAGUUUCCCAGCAACAUCCUGAUAUAUGCAACCAGGAGCCUUUAGCUGCUGUUCACUAGCAAUAAAAAUCACUAAACGUAUCUGCCAUCACACUUUCUCGCCCUCGGCUGUUUGGUUCUCAGUAUUUUUGUAAAUAAAGUGUGACUCCUCAA